CUCCUGCCUUCCUGUUUGUGGAGAAGAACGUCAUCCUCGCGUUGUCUGCUCUUUGCUGCUUCUGCUCUUUGCUGCCUUCCCUUCUUCUUCCUCCUCAUCUUCAUCUUCCAUCAAUGAUGUUCAUCCACCUUCAGGACAGAAGCAUCUCCUCCAUGUGCGGCAGUAACUAAUAUGCAAUCUUCAAUUACAGCCGCAUGCUCCGCAACCCCAUUCCUCCCGCCAAGAACCCACCUUCCCUCAAAACAGCCAUCUUUCAAUUCCCUUCUGCAAGCCCGGAGCAGAAUCUACCGGCCCAUCAGAAGAAUGUCAUCCUCCCACGGCCUCUCCUUCUCUGUCAGGUCCCAAGCAGGCAAUAGUGACGACGGCAAUGGGUUUCGUACUUUGACAGAGUAUGCGGGUAAGGGAGGAAUCGAUGUGGGGGACGACCUGGUGGUUCUGUUCGAUCAUAUUCAGUACGCUUGCAAGAGAAUCGCUGCCCUUGUGGCGUCUCCGUUCAAUUCAAGCCUCGGGCGGCAGAAUGGUAUCGUGGGAAGUGUCGAUGGUGGGACUGGAAGGGAUGCCCCGAAGCCCCUUGACAUUGUAGCGAAUGAAAUCAUUCUGUCCUCUCUCCGGAAUUCGGGGAAAGCAGCAGUCAUGGCCUCAGAAGAAGAUGAUGCCCCAAUUUGGAUCUCCAAUGAUGGACCUUUUGUCGUGGUGACAGAUCCCCUGGAUGGGUCCCGUAACAUUGAUGCCUCUAUCCCUACUGGAACCAUCUUUGGAAUUUAUAACCGCCUUGUGGAACUCGACCAUCUGCCCACAGAGGAGAAGGGCCCGUUGAAUUCACUUCAGAGCGGGACCAAGCUUGUAGCUGCUGCCUAUAUUCUCUAUUCUUCAGCCACAAUUUUCUGUGCCACCUUUGGUUCAGGAACACAUGCUUUUACGCUGGACCGUACCACGGGAGAUUUUAUUCUCACUCAUCCGUAUAUCAAGAUUCCUCCUAGAGGGCAAAUCUACUCUGUAAACGACGCAAGAUACUUUGAUUGGCCAGAAGGGUUAAGGCGGUAUAUUGAUACCAUACGUCAAGGAAAGGGAAAAUACCCUAAAAAGUAUUCAGCCCGUUACAUAUGUUCUCUGGUAGCUGAUUUUCACAGAACUUUACUAUAUGGAGGUGUAGCAAUGAACCCAAGAGACCACCUCCGACUUGUGUAUGAGGCAAAUCCACUGAGCUUUCUUGCAGAGCAAGCUGGGGGCAAGGGCUCUGAUGGUAAGAACAGGAUUCUUUCACUUCAGCCUGUCAAACUGCAUCAGAGACUGCCGCUCUUUCUGGGGAGUCCUGAAGAUAUAGAAGAGCUGGAGAGUUAUGGAGACGUUCAGCAGAAAGUGAAUCCUGGAUAUGAAGUUUAGGAGGAAUGUGGUCAAGUUCUGAUAUGAGCGGUACUAGAUUAUUUCUCCUGUAAGAGCCAGAAAGACUUACGACUUUUCUUGUGUGUUUCCAUUGUCUUCAGAUACUGUACGCUUUUGAUAUGUACCUUUUACCGAGUGAAUACAACUUCUUUUCCUGGAGUUUUUGUGA